AUGCAAUACUCUCAUUCUCGUCUUUUCCAUUUCUUUGCUCUCUUUCUCUUUGUCCUGUGUUUGACCAAGGCGACGCUCUCUGCCCCUAUCAAGCCUGCAGCCGGAGAGAAGUCCGGAGCUAAAACCCCUGCUAACGCUAGUAAGAAUCCGACACCGGCGAACAGGCCUGCAAGCCCGGUAGCUGGUACUAGUAGCGCCUCCGCCUCCGACCCUGCUGAGGCAGGUUGUGGCAAACAGACUACCUGCGAGAAGUGCAUCGCUGUCAAGGGUUCUGGUGGGAAAGUCGUCUGUGGUUUCAAUCAAUCUGGAAAAUGUGUCGGUCUUUCUACCGCAGCUGCGUCCACCUUGGCAAAAACGGCUGCUGAAUGCAAGGCUCUGAACACUAAAGCUAACGAACAAGCCGGCGCAGAUGCAGAGUUUACUGCCGCCGCUAAGAGCGAGUUCGCAAAGAUCAAACCUCAUGUUUUCGGUACGGAGAAGGGAUUGAAGAAUACCUCUGGCAGGCAUUUGGCUUCCUCGCUUCUCAGCGUCCCUGCCAACAAGAACUUGCAGCGCACCGCGAAUGCUUCUACUGGUCUUUCUAGGUUCACCAACGCGAACGGAAAAGUAAAGACGACCUGGGAUGAUGACACGGGAAAGUACACCCAAGCUCAAGUACAAUCGAUGUGCGAGGACGCGAUCAAGUCUGUCUUGAAGUUGACGAACGCGAAAACACUACCAAAGGGAACGUCGAUUACUUCAGUUUCCGUGCAGUCUCCCCUCGGCAUGAACCUCUGCAUUAGUGUGCAAGGCAACACCAGUGUGUUCCCUGGAUCGACAAACCCUACAUCCGACGCCGCAGGUCAACGAUGUACACCGGACGCUGAAGUUUCUGAUGAUAUUUGA